AUGGCAGGCGUCCUGUGUGUGGCAUCUCUCUUUCUCUCUCUGGCUAAGCUCAGCAUCGGCCAGAGGGAAGUAACAAUUCAAAAAGGACCUCUGUACAGAGCUGAAGGUUACCCUGUCAGCAUCAGCUGCAACGUGAGUGGUCAUCAGGGGCCUUCUACGCAGGAUUUCCAGUGGUCUGUUUACCUGCCAACAGACCCGACCAGGGAAGUUCAGAUCAUCAGUACCAAGGAUGCCGGCUUCUCUUAUGCAGUGUAUGCCCAGAGGGUGAAAAGCAAGGAGAUCUAUGUGGAGAGGCUGCAGGGCAGCUCAGUCCUGCUGCACAUCGCAAAGCUCCAGAUGAGGGAUGCUGGCGAAUAUGAGUGCUUCACACCCAACACGGAUGGGAAGUACUUUGGAAGUUACAGUGCGAAGACAAAUCUAACUGUGAUUCCCGACACCCUGUCUGCCACCAUGCCCUCCCAGACGCUCAGGAAGAAGGAAGGCGAGCCGUUAGAACUCACCUGCGAGGCCACCAGAGCAACGGCUCAACAUACCCACCUCUCUCUCACCUGGUACCUGGUGCAGGAUGGAGGAAGCAGCCAAGCCAUUGAGAUCAUUUCUCUCUCUAGGGAUUUUCUAUUGGCCCCAGGGCCCUCCUAUGCAGAUAGGUUCGUGGCCGGUGACGUGCGGCUGGACAAGCUGGGAGCCACCUCCUUCAAGCUGUCCCUGGGUAAGCUCCGGCCCUCAGAUCAAGGCCAGUUGUUCUGCGAGGCCACAGAAUGGAUUCAGGAUCCAGACGAAACGUGGACUUUGAUCACAAGAAAGCAGACAGAUCAAACAGCUCUGAGGAUCCAGCCAGCAGCAAAAGAUUUUGAAGUGGACAUCACAGCCAGGAGCUUGCCUGCUGAAGGAAACCCCUUGGAACUGAUUUGCCUGGUUGUGGGUAGAGGUGGUAACCAGAAGUUUCAGGGUACUUGGUUCCUCAACGGGAAGGAAAUCGCCCAGAUCGAUGCUGAUGGGGUCCUGGACCUGAAGACAGACUACAGAGACAGAGCAAGCCAAGGGCAGCUGCAGGUUUCAAAGUUAAGCACCCAGACUUUCUCUCUCAAGAUCUUCUCCGUGAGUCCGGAGGACGUAGGCACCUACAGCUGUGAAGUAGCAGAGACGGUGAGGACGCAGACCGACUCCUGGCAGGUAGUUCGGAAAAAGCAGUCGCCAGUCAGCCGGGUGCGGCUGAGGGAGCCAGCAGCAAGAAAUGUGGCUGUGUCUGCCGAGAAGCGGGCCCUGUGGGAAGGAGAGGUGCUUACCCUUCUCUGUAAGGCAGGUGGGGAUGCAGGUCCUCUGUCUGUGAGCUGGUGGCUCAUCCCACAGGACCAGACCACAGCCGUGUUUGUGGCUGGCAUGGGGCAAGAUGGUACUGUGCAGUGGGGAGUCUCUUCUCCGAGCCCUGGGGACCGUAGCAACAGAAGAUUGGAGAAAGUGGACUGGGCUACCUUUCGGCUGGAGACUGGCUCUGCCAUGGUCUCAGACAGUGGUACCUAUGAAUGCAGAGUGUCGGAGAGGCCCCAGAAUCAGGCCAAAGGUUUGCAGUGGACCCAGAGGAUUUCAGUCACUGUCAAAUCUCUGAAAUCAAGUUUACAAGUAAAUCUGAUGAGCCGGCAGCCGCAAGUGACGUUAACCCACACCUUCGACCUGUCCUGCAUCGUGAGGGCCAACUACUCGGAUCUCAAGCUGCCUUUCUCAGUGACUUGGCAAUUCCAGCCAGCUGGCUCUGGGGCCUUUCAUCAGCUAAUUCGAAUCACCCACAAUGGCACAGUUGAAUGGGGGGAUGUCCUCUCCCAGUUCCACAGGAAGACGAAGGUUUCACAGUCUUCAUUUCGUUCCCAACUCCAAAUCCACGAUGCUGCUCUGGAAGAGGCAGGGGUGUAUCAGUGCAAAGUGGAAGUUUAUGACAGAAAUUCCCUGUACACAAGUGGUCCAGCCAGGGUAUCUGCCACCUCUAACCUAUUGAGGAUUACUGUCACCUUUCCAGAGAGCAAACUGAGAGUGAACUCAAGCAGUCAAGUCCAAGAGCUCUCCAUCAGCUCCAGCACGCACAUAGAAUGUGCCCUCUUGUCCCGAUCUGCUGGGAACCUUCCGUUAUCUGUCAGUUGGUACUUUUCUCCCACUCCUACAAAUGCAUCCUAUCUGAAGAUCCUAGAAACGGACCAAGCCAAUGUCAUAAAAUAUGGGGAUGGAUUUCAAACCCCUCGGAGCAAGCAAAAAUUUCAUUCUCAGAAAGUGUCCCAAGACUUGUUUCUGCUGAACAUUCUGAGUGUGGAAGAUAGUGACCGGGGCCACUACUACUGUGCCGUGGAGGAAUGGUUCUUGUCUAUGAAUGGCACUUGGCAAAAGCUUGAAAGAAAGACUUCAGGACUCACAGAAUUGAAACUCAGGCCCACAGGAAGUCAGGUCCACGUCUCCAAAGUGACGUGGUUGGGAAACGCUACCGAGCAUGGAGAGGCGGGCAUCAGCUGUAGCCUGGAUGGUUCCGGCAGCACAGCCUCCCUGUACUCCGUGACAUGGUACUGGAGCAGAGCAAACGCUGAGAGCCAGAUGCUGGCGCACCUGCAGUAUGAUGGCGUGCUGGAGUACGGCCCGGAGGGACGCAGGAGGCUCCUGCACUGCUACCGAUCUUCUCCCACCGACUUCGUCCUGAAGCUGCGUCGGGUAGAGAUGGAGGAUGCUGGGAUGUACUGGUGCAGGGUGGCAGAGUGGCAGCAACACGGCCACCCAGCCAAGUGGAUCAACCAAGCCUCAAAUGAGUCCCAGCGGAUGAUGCUCAAGGUGCUGCCCUCAGAAUCCACCUUCUCGUCCCGGAUCUGCUCCUCCGAACCCUUACUCCACUUCCUCAUCGCCUGUCCCCUCAUCAUGCUGCUGCUGCUGCUCAUUUCCCUCCUCUGCUUAUACUGGAAAGCCAGGAAAUUGUCACAGCUGAGUCUCAGUGCCCAGAAAGAAAAGGCUCUGUGGGUAGACAUGAAGACUGGACCAGUUAGGCACGAAGACGAAGGCUACUGAAUUGCAAGGCACGCCUAUGCUGAUAGAGGGAGUGUGAUGGGAUUGGAUUGGAUUGACCGGGGUGAAGGAACUCUGCUUCAGACCUUGGCCAAGUUACCUAGGGACCAGAAGGGACGUGUCGUGGGCAUAUGUUGCUAACCAGAUCCUGUUAAGUGUUCUUUUUGUAUCAUCCAUCUUACUCUUUGAGUCCUCCAGAAGUAGA